AUGAUCCGCACAGUCAGUGAUUCAUUCAGAUAUCAAGGUCUCGCAUUUGCUCUGUUUUUUACUCUCAGUGCAAUCAUGGCUGAUUUGCUGUGUUACUUUUCAUUACCCACUACACUUAUCUACCUGCUUGGUAGCUCAUGUGUAUGGAUACAGCUCGCAUGGCAAACAGACCGUGGUGUGUAUAUUCCAACUGUUGUACUGUGCUUCAUAUUCUUCUAUGUCGAGUUCGCUAUGCGAAUUCGUGUUCCGAAAAACUUACCAUUUGGUAUAGAUCUUUGCAGACCCUUUGCAGCACAUUGUAUCGGCUAUCCGGUUGUAACUUUGGGUUUCAGUUUGAAAAGUAUGAUUUCGCAUCAUUUCCGUCUGAAAAGACAAAGAUUGGUUGAAGCACAAAAUACGACCUUUUUCUCAAUACUUGAAAGAGCUUUACCAAAAGAAUUGUGGUUCUAUUUAAAAUCAGAUUCUAAUUCUAAAUCGAAAAACCCAAAUGUGCUGUGUGACAAUAAUAAUUGUCCGACAUUAGCCAUCUCUUCUUCCACAUCCACAGUGCCAAAUUCAACUUCAACAGGACAUAUUGCGGCUGAGGCGAGUAAUACUGUUAGCCUAAUUCAUUCCAAGGACAAAGAUAAUCAUUGUAUUACAAAUACAAACCGUAAAAACAUAUCUGUACAUCAUAGCCGCACAACAGUCACUACGACUACUACCACUACACGUAUUACUAAUUCAUCAGCUGCCCAUAGAAGUAACUGUACGGAUGUUGCUAUAUGCUCAACUGGUAAAAAUAUCUCUCAAGAGCGUACAUUUCAACAUGAAGUUGGUGAUCAAGAUGACAAUUAUACGUCUGGAGCUUCAGCAUUGGCGGAAAAAUCUGAUUCUUAUACAAAAAUCCUGGCAUCUGCUGAAAAUACUGACGUGAAACUUUCUUCUGAUGAUAUUCAUCAAGAGAGCUGUAUCCAAAAAGAAAGUGUCGGUAAAGAAGAAAAAUUGACCAGUAAAAAGUCACCAUCCUCAGUUAAAUCUGUUACAUCCAGUUCAUCAGCUUCAACAUGUUCUAAUUCAUCUAUGCCUAAGUCUUCGAGUGGUGUAAAUAAUUCAACUAGUAAUAAAACUAAAUCAACAAACACUAAGUCUAGUGGUGUAAAACAAACAGCAAAAACAAAUUCCGGUACUGAUAUGAGUUCUACUGCUGUUUCUGGAGCCGCUGGCGGUGGUAAUGGUAGUGGUGGUGGGAAACCUAAUGCGUCAGCUUCAAAUCCAUCGUCAUCAUCUGGCUGUAAAAAUAGUGGUAAAAAUUCUAACAAGGAUGAAUAUACUUUAAAGCUAGAAGCUGAGUCUAAGCAAUUGAAAUCAGAAAUCCAAUCUUUACGUAGUUCAGAAGUUCAGUUACGCAGCCAGGUUCAACAGUCCCUUUCUAUUGAACGAACAUAUCGAUCAGAGAGUUUUCAAGCUCAACAGGAAUAUGAAAGUCUACAGGUCAAGUACAACCAACUAAGUCAACGCUAUGAAACGGAUCAUGCAAGUUUACAAGCAAUGGAGAAAAGUCUUGCUGAAGAGCGUAAACAACGGUUACUUUUAGAAGAACAGUUGAAACGGCAAAGUAAAAAACGGACAGGAGAGAAGACUUCAGAAACUGUAUCUAACGGCCCCGUUACUUCUAAAGCCACAAAUUCUAAAGCUUCAAUGACUGAAGUACGAAGCAGUUCGUUUGUCGCUUGUGAUGGUACUGUUGCUGAAGUUUGUAAAAAUAAUGAAGCAUGCGCAGCACGCCGACAUGAAUUAGAAUUAGAAAUAGAAACUCUUACAAAGUCACUAACUGAUAAAGACAAUCAACUUUCAUCAUUAAAUUCAGAACGUUUAUCUAAUGAAUUGAACGAAUCAUCGGAUAAGUCAUCUAAAAAGCAAAGCAAAUGUGAACGAACGAAACAAUCCGAUUCUGUGUCUUUAGAUCAACAGUACAACUUAAGUACACGGCAUCAAAAACAUGAAAUAACAGAGACUGAAUUAAAUGAUCUUGCUUCUCGUGUAAACGCCUUGCAAGAAGAAAAUCAGCGUCUUUCAGACACACUCAAAGAGGAAGAUAAAAUGAAACAAGAGCUUAUGACAGCUUACCAUUCUUCCUUGAAAGAGAUAACAGAAUUAAAUGCUACAUUAACAAAGAAAGAAUAUCAAAUCGUAGAAUUAAACAAGAGAUUGAACUGCCUUACUCCGAAUUUUUGUGAAUACGUGAGCAGGAUGACUGCGUCAGCGUCGAACUGUGCAAAGCCUCCAAAUUGCAGAGUAACCGUUGAAGAUACUUCGAAUGAAGAUUGUACAAUCAACUCAUACUCCGUUCUGGAUACCUCACAGCUGUAUACAAAUUACAGUAAAAAUCAAAAUGAUGAACGUAAUCAUCUGGAUCUAAGCGUUUCCAAUCUCCCCUUAUCAAACAGGCUGAACUCUUUUAAUCAGUCUUACUCCAUGACUGCUUAUGAGGCGUCAGCUUCAAUGAAUAACUUAUCGAGUCAAAAGUCGAACAUAUUUUUUUCUGAUUCGUGUACGAAAACAAAACCGUUCUCACCCUCCCACUUUUCCUUUACAGACAGAAAUAUCCACGGAAUAGCUGAUUUAACUAAUACUGUUAACCCUAGUAAUUUGGAUUAUUUCAGUCAUUGUCCUCUUUCCAACGGGGGCAUUUCUUCAUCAUCUCUCACAAAUACAGGACUAGGUUAUCAUACCAGUUCAGACGGUAACUGUCAAUUGAAUAGUAGAAUGCAUUUUCGCCCUGACAAACUACCGAAUUCGAACAUUCUGUUCGAUUCAUCUGGCUUUCCCAAUCAUUUCGAAAACUUAGGUGUUGAGUGUUUAAAUGGAGGAUAUUCUUCGUAUGAUAAUCCGAUCCUAAACAGAGUUUUACCAACAAGCUCCAUGCCUCUGUGCGGUGCCAGAGCACUGCCUGUCGGAAGCUCAGCCCCAGCUUCUUCUCCCCCACCCCUUUUUGUUCCACCUCCCGGUAUUUUGCAGAAUGACAUCACUUCCAAUAUUUUUCAUUAUUCUCAUUCUAUUAAUGUCACAUCAUCGUUACCGUCUCUGGAGGUAUCUGAGAAUUCAUCGGCUGAUUCCAUGACUAUAGCUUCAACAGCUGUUGGUUCAUCAUUCAGUCCUCGAGUUGUUCCUGAUGCUUAUUCCACAGAAGUGAUUCAAACAGCUGGCAUGAAUUUAAAUCAUCAUGAAGGUUUGUCGUCUAAAUCUCACCGUUUGAAUUUUAAUGGUCAAAUAUGUGAUAACACAACUAGUAAUACCAACUCUCACUCAGUAUUCGCGAAACCUAAUGCAAAUAGUUGUUCGCAAUUUGGAAUGAUAAACACUAAUGAUGACAAAUCCAAUUGUUUUGAUUUUACUACUUUUGGUCCUGUUGGUUCAUCAUCACCAGCCGGUACUAUUAUCCAUGCAAAUUUGAUCACCUCCAACUGUGGUAGUUCCGUCUUAUCAAAUUUAAAUCCAGCAAGUUUAAAGAGCAGACAAGGAUCUAGCGAUACACACAGUAAUGAAGGCUUGAGGUUCCCUGUUAUAUCUCCUCCAGCUUCACAUGCAGAUGCAAACUCAAAUUCAACUGUGAUGUAGUACAGAUCAGACAUUGUUUAUGUCUUUUCACAUAGCUACAUCACCGUAAAUCUUUAUUUUACUGUAUUUGCGUAAUCGAGUACCAUUUGAACAACAUCGUAUCAAAAAUGUUUCACUGCCUGAUGGCUCUUUGAAAAGCUUUUCGUGACUCGUGAUCCAUUCUACGGGGAUCCCAACUUUGCAUUUUGAUAAUCUUCAGAUUUUGUUCUCUUUUUUUCUGAAGCCCAUUUACCUAAAUUUUAUUGUUAUUUGACUACGUUUACUACUCUUGAUAUUUUCUCAGUGGUUACAUUUUAAGUGGCAAACACUUACACGACAGAAUCUGCUUUUUGCGGUUUAUCUCUCGGCUGCCUGUUUAAAUAUUUUCUUAAUCGUCGUUCUUCAGCCACUUAAACUUUCAGUUGUUUGUUUCACCUUUGUUUUUACAUUAUAUCUCUGUCUCUUUAAGUAAUUCUGACCCACAACAUUUUUCAAAAUUGUCUUUUUGUGGUCUAGUCGUUGUGCUAUUUGUGUGUAUUUCUCUUGCAUUAUGCUUCUUUAUUCGUUCUUACACUCCCUUCUAUUCCCUUUCAACCCCCGAUUUUACGUGUUUGCUUGAUGCUUCGUAAUCAACACUGAGAAUGUUAAUGUUUUUGUACCGUACCUGCCACAUUUAUGCACUUUUCCUUGCCUCUCUUUUCGUUUCACACAGUUGCAAGUGUUAUCUUAAUUGAUUGCCCAAUUUCUUCACUUAUUUUUCGUGUCGAAUUUUCGUUUUCUGGUGCAGCAUAGACUUUCUUUCACCAUGAUAAAAAAAACCACUGCAAAAAUAAAUUUCUGG